AUGACUCGAGCCAGUAGUUCUAAGCGGGCACUCAUGAGAAUCAAGUGCCGCGAGGCCUUGUCCGCUCACAUCUGUAAGCUUCAGUCACAUCAUGUGUCUCAAUUCACUGCUAACCUCUUCGUGGAUGAACGACUGGGUCUCACCAUCGCACCUGCCCAGGUCCAGCUGCAACCUUUCCCAAGUGACGGCUACUCUUGGUCGGCUACGGGCACGAGUGCUACACUCUUGGAAAAAAACAUCAGCAGCGGAAAUAUAUGGUUCUAUAAAUCCAUAUGUCAGGAAUUGGGGCGUUCCCUUGAAGCGGUGCCCGUGCAGGUAUUGAAAGGCACCGGAAAGGACAAACUUGAGAUCGCAAUAUCCAGGUUGAACGAAGAAUUGAGCUACGCUCGUGAGCAACUGAGCCAGUCACAGGCCGAAAAUUGCCGGUUAGAUCAAGCCCUCACUCGCAGUGGCAACGAGCUAGAAAGCUCGACAUUCGAGAACAGCAAUUUGAGAAAUGAGCUACUGAGGUCAGAAACCAGUAUUAUCAAGGCAAUGCAAGCAUUGGAAGGGACGGCAGUGAAGACAGCAACCGAAAGUCAAGAGGAUCUGCAGAUGGAAGACUAA